AUGGAUAAGAGGUUCUCGACACUGUUCCUGGAUCCUCCGAGGUUGUCGACAGACAAAUCUGCAGAUGUCAACAAGGCGCCUUCCUCAAAGAUGAAGAAGGUGCUAGGCCGACUCUUCAACGGCCCUCCACGAAGAUCACCCAAUCCCUCCACGCAAGAAGAGAAAGCGAAAUUUGAACACGCCGAGCGACUAUGGGAUACAGUAAUAUCUUUCGCGAAGCCCGGUCCAAAGAAGCCCGCUGCGGUCGUCAAGACAGUCAAGCCACUGCCAGCACCAAAACCUCAAGGCGGACGCAAUACCAAUAUCUCGACACAGUCUGUCACAGUCUCCCCGCCUUCCGAACUUCCUAGCUACACCACAAAAGACAUCUUCUACAAAGGCAAAGGUAAACCCGUCGUCCAUAGCUCUCGGGACUCGAAAUUCAGCUCAAUCUCCUCCCUACCCUCCCUUAAAACGCUCAACCUCUCCUCACCGACGACCACACCAUCUCCCAGCGUGCCCUCUUCCGCGACAACAGUCUCCACCGCCUUGAAUGCACACAUCAGCCUCUCCCGCUCCGAAUUCACACGACUCCAAUCCCUCCUCCGGCGUGCGCAUCGGCGCCUAAAACAACAAGAAUUUCUCGCCUCCAAUCUCGCGAACAAUUUGCUGUUCAUCUUCGCUCGUAAGGAACUCCAAAUUCAAAACCUAAGACGCUUCCGCAAAUCAGAACAGGCCAACAUGAUGUCCACCAUCUUCCGCACAAAGGAGCAUUGUGGGCGAUUAUUCCUCCGCAAAGCCGCUUUCCUGCAACACUCUUUUGCUUCGCUCGAUAAAUUGCGUAAGGCUGUGCAAGAGGCUGAGAAAGAAGCGGUGGAUGCUAUUCCUGAGGCGUGUACGAGUCGUUGGGCGGGAGAGGGGAUCAGAUUUGUGGUUGAGAGGGAGGUGCUAGGGGAUUGGGUGGCGGAGAUGGAGAGGGAUUUGGGGUUGCAGAGGGGACUCGAUGGGGAUCUUAGGAAGGGGGUGAAGGAGAGGGCCGGGGAGAAGAGGUGGGUGGGGAAUGUGAGUGAGGGGACUAUGAUGAUUAGAUUUGUGGGAUUCUUGGAGGGGAGGUUAGGCGCUCUGGAGGGGUGUUAUGGGAGGAUUGGGGAGGUGCUUAAAGGUAUCGAGGAGAUUGCUAGGGAAGGCGAAGGGACUUCAUGUCUGUGA